UGUGUCAGGAGCUUUGGUAAUAAUAACCCGAGUUGAUGAAUCCGUUAGAAACAUUCGUGAUAUUUCAAGUUGGGGUGGAAACGAAGACAUACUCUGGCAUGAACGCCAUCCACUGCGCAUGCAGGGCUGAGGUACAUAGCUUCCCCGUCGCCUGCCUGCACAAAACCAGCGGUGAAUGUCUGCCCCUGAACUCGACGUCCAAAGACCCUUUCAUCAGAACUUUCGCUCCCUCGAAUUACAGCUGCUACUUGGACGAAACGUACGCUCGUGCAGCUGGUCUGGCCCCACCCUGUCCAGCUACCUUCCACUGGGUUGCGGACGUUGGUUGUGUGGUUGUGGUUGAGACCCUCGUGACGUACGACGUCGCUCAGGCCUCGUGCCCUGGAGGCUCACAGCUCGUGUCUUUUUUCUACGACAACUUCCAGACGCUCGCCGACUACGUCAUGCAGACCUCCUACAUACCGUUAUCUGGGACUCGUCGGGGCAACACCUUUGGGGAACUUGAGAUUCUACAUUCAAUAUACCUUCAUUGAACCGCCCGUUCUUCAAAGAUUUCUAUACAACAGCAUAUGAAUUAUUGAAUUCGGCUUCCUCAUUCA